ACAUGACGGGGGUAGAUAACUGUAGUUAUUUUACAUGUAGACUUUCAUUGUUUACUGAAACCGUAAAACACUCACAUACACUAUCCACAUAACUUAGUCACUUCUCACUGUAUAUUGAAAAUUAUUUUCUUGGCGUCGGCAAAGCGCUACGGACUAACCCAUUAUAAAGCAACCCCUUAACACCCGGUGUUCUGUGACUUACCGGAGAAAAUGAUGUAACUUUUACCGGCUUUCUGUGACAACCACAACCAGUAGUACAAAGAGAAAAAGAAGUCUCUCCGUUCUCGUGUAGGAAAACAUUCUCGAGCUAUUUUUUGAAUACAUGGCUCGGUUUCGUUAGUGUGGGUUAAAAGACAGCGGAACAGUGCCAGAAACGUACCGGUCUUUCUCCUUUGGACUCUGUACAGUAAAGAAUGCAUCCAACUCGUCGCUGUUCGGUUUUAUUCGGCCAGCUUUGUGUGCCGGGCCGGGGGAAACAAACGACAAGGAGAACAAUUUCACCAGCUUUGGCUCAGACUGGAACACGGUACUGCCACCCCGGCGUUGGAGGAGGAGGAGGGGGAAUCAAAGGGACCUGUGCCCAGCUGAACCCAAGCGGAGUACACGGCACCGUGUCAGCAUCAGCUUGUCCAAUGGGUGGCAGCAACAGCAGGUUGUUUGGUACAUUGGCCCAGUCACUGAACAGCACCCCCUUGGCCCAACCAGACCCAUACUCAGAGGAGAGCCCAGACCAAGACUUGGACCCGGUCCUUCCAGAGGCAGACCCAGAUCAGCUGCUCAGAGAGUGUGAGGAGGCCCUGCAGAGGCGCCCAGCCCGGCCACACCGGGAUCUAGUGUGUCCAAGCAGCACGGAGCCAUGCCACCAUAAGCACAGCUCCACCAUACGAGUCAUGCAGUGGAAUAUACUCGCGCAAGCUCUUGGUGAGGGGAAGGAUGGAUUUAUCCGCUGUCCACUGGAGGCUCUUAACUGGCAUGAAAGGAAGUACUUGAUAUUGGAGGAGAUCCUCACCUACCGCCCUGACAUCCUGUGUCUGCAGGAAGUGGACCACUACUACGACACUUUCCAGCCCAUCAUGGCCAGUCUAGGUUACCAUGGCACCUUCCUGGCCAAACCCUGGUCUCCCUGCCUUGAUGUAGAACAGAACAACGGCCCAGACGGCUGUGCUCUCUUUUACCGCCGCUCACGCUUCUCCCUCCAUACCACAGCUCACCUGCGACUGUCAGCCAUGAUGCUACCAACCAAUCAAGUAGCCAUUGUCCAGAUGCUGAACUGCCGAUUAACAGGACGGUGGUUGUGUGUGGCCGUCACCCACCUGAAAGCUCGUAGUGGCUGGGAGAGGCUACGGAGUGCGCAGGGUGCUGACUUGCUGCAGAGCCUGCGAAGCAUCACAUCCCGAGGCAGCAGCCAGAGUGAGGUGGGAUCAGGUAUUGUCCCCUUAGUUGUAUGUGGGGACUUUAACGCAGAGCCCUCAGAGGACGUUUACAGACGCUUCAGCUCCUCCCCCCUGGGUCUGAACUCUGCGUACAAGCUGCUGAGCUCUGAUGGACAGACAGAGCCAGCCUACACCACAUGGAAGAUCCGCCCCUCUGGAGAGAGCUGCAGCACGCUGGACUAUAUCUGGUAUAGUCAUGAGGCCUUGAGUGUGGAGAGCCUGCUGGACAUCCCCACUGAAGAGCAGAUUGGCCCAGACCGCCUGCCCUCCUAUCACUACCCCUCUGACCAUUUAUCACUGCUCUGUGACAUCAGCUUCAGGGAUGAUCCCCAUAGGUUGAUGUAGGCAACAACACAGCACCGAUAGGACCAAUAGGAGGAGUCAGGACUCAGUCAGUGGACUGCCUGUCCAGAAACAAUCAUAGAUCUCAAAAACCACAUCACUACCCGUAUGUUCCCUACUCUAGUCUACAGCAACCUGAUUUCCUGUACUGUCUCAUGUGUUAGAUGCCAAAGACCACAUGCUUGGGGAUCUUUCUAUCGCAAAAUUGGCAUGUGUGAAUAAAGUAAAACAAACUCAUCACAGUGCAAAUCUUAAGUAGUGAAAUUAAAUGUUGUGGCAUCAUUUCUGCUGUAUCAUCAUUUAGCUGCUAAAGCAGAUGAAGGCUUCCUCUGCUAAACCCUGAAAACUGGAAAACAACUGCAGUUAUUUAUUAAAGCUGUUUUCACUUAAUUGUAUUAAAUUAUUCUUUAAACUCUGGGCUGCUUAUACCAGCAGCUUUUCCUGUAGUGCUUUAAUUUAUUUUUCAUUAAGGUAUCAACAGUUUCAUGCUGGUGAUCAUGAUAUUGUGUUACUUUGACUAGGCUAUACACAAAGAAUAUUAACAUAUAAUUAAGAAUAAAGGAAUUCUUUUUACUCUUA